CCUGAGGCCUGGCUGCACGAAAGAAAUGUUAGAUGUUUGCGGCUCUGACUUUCUCGUGUACAGCAACGUCACCAGUCUACCGAAAGAUGGGAAGGAGUUUGAAGAGAACUGUGUGUUCCUUCAGAUGCAGAUCUCCUGUAGCUUGGAAUUCGCGAAGAAUUGCUUGGAUGGCAUUCCUCGAGUGGCCAUUAUUAUAGGCCUGCAGUCCAUGGAGGAGGAGUACGAGGCCAUCUGCACGGAAGGCACCGAACACAAUGAGAAAUACCGCAAGAGCAUCAAGUGCAUGAACAAAGCAGGCAAAGGUCUCAACCAGUGCCAAGCCAAGAUGCGCGACGACAUGGAGAUCGGGGCGUUGGCUGCGCCUCGGGACAAGAUAACUGGCUACGCCUGCUGUGCCUACCAUGCGAACCAGGACUGCUUCGACAACGCCCUACAGGAAUGCACCGGCACUCCGGCCCAAGAGUUCAUGAGGGGCAUCAUGGACAAAGUGUUCGGCGAGCCACUCAGUCUGGUUUGUGGCCAGUACUCUCGUGAUUCGGACGCCUGCCGCAAUCUCCCACAACUGGCGCCGCCGACCGAUUCGAAGGACUUUGGCAAGAAAGGCCUCAUCGAGCUGGCCAUAGAGCACGCUGGCUCCGUCUUCAACAAGCACUAGCCCCUUUGUAUGAGCUAUCUAUGUGUGGAUGGGCUCUUACAUGUAGCUGUUGACGGUCGUAAGAGGACCAACUACGUGACACAGUCACUUUGAUUUCCGCUCAUGCAUGUCGCACGAAGCUGGGCUUCUGGCCCUUUGGCCAUGUGAAAGAACGACAGCAAUAAACACCCGGCA